GCCAGACAAUUACCUUUUUCUCUCUUUCUCUUCCGAUCUUCCUUCUCCCGCGGAAGCGGCAGAAGAAUUCUGCUCCCGAAGCAGCAGGGUACGCUGAGCUGGCACGGGAGUGAGGGAUGAACUGAGCAGGGGUUUCGGUCUCCUCCUCCCGCCGCGGCGGUGGCCGCCGGCGGAGCAGUGCAUUGUGGAGACGGCGCGCGCGGCGGCGGCUGGAGCUGCGGCCCUGGGAUCGCAGGGCGGGGAGCUGUCCGACGUGCUGACCGUCCCGACCCGCGGAGGGGGCGCCCAGCACCUUCCUUCCAACCUGCGUCUGUCCGUCUCUCUCUCUUUCUCUCUGCCUAGGGGCGUAGCGGCUGGAGGAAAUCAUGGUGUUCGCUCCAGGUGAGAAACCUGGAAAUGAGCCUGAAGAGGGGAAGCUGCAGAGUGCCAGCAAACAGAUUGUGCAGAAUGCCAUCCUGCAAGCUGUGCGGCAGGUCUCCCAGGAGAGGCGGCAGAGGGAAGAGGCAACUGCGGACAAGCGGGGCAGCUUCCAGCUGGGCGUGGGGGAACUAACCAAGAAACAUGAAAAGAAGUAACACAGUGGAUUUGGCUCCUGCCAUAUGCUUGGUUUCUGGCCUUCCUCUUAGUAUAGGAUGUGUUGCCAAAAUGUUGCCAGUAGAGCGAAACCAAAGUGUCAUCGGCACCUAGCAGUAGAAUGAACUUGCGCUAGCCCUUGGCUGAGAAGCACUGUUUUCAAAGAGUGCAUUAGAAGAUUGUUUGUUUUAAUGCGUGCCUCUGCAACAUAGUGAAGCCAAACACGACGUUGUAAUUGCAAAAGUAGUUUUGCAGCACAAUUUACUUUUAAAGUUCUUUAUUAAAAAAUGACCUGUCAUGUUUA